AGUCUUCAUUCACGAAUUACAAGAGAGGCGCGAGGACACCCAACAGCACAAUGCUGACGCACAAAGUUUAGAACCAAAAUAAUACAUUACCACAGACACUAAACACACCGACGUGCUCACUGUGGAAUACUAAACAUGCUCCGUGGAUAUCAUGAGACGAAGAGGAAUAAGACUGGAUGCUGAUUUUUCAGCUUAACCACCACCUUUUGGAUAACCUGGAAAUUUGAGGUGCUUCUGCACUUUGAGGUGACGCGCAGCGCGGACGCGCGUCGGGAUAUACCUUUUUAACUCUUCAUUUUAUUUAUUUUUUUUGCAACCUUUGCAUUGGAAUAGGCUCUUUCGGGGAAUAUAAUCGUGGGUGACUCGGCUGCCCAGGAGAAUCGGAAAGCAUGGCAGCUUGGCUCACCUUUCUCAUCGCAUUUUUCACGACCGUUUUGACGCAGAUAUUUGGAUCUGGUGUUUUCGAACUCGACCUCCAAGAAUUCAAAAAUUUCAAAGGGUUGCUUGCAAAUGGCAAUUCGUGCAAGCCUGACUGCAGGACUUUCUUCCGAGUUUGCCUUAAAAACUACCAGGUGGUCGUAUCUCCAGAUGACUGUAUCUUUGGAAGUGAAAUCACGCCAGUGCUGGGGACAAACUCGUUCAGUAUAUUUGGAAGUGGCUCAUUCAGCACACCAAUUCGACUGCCGUUCAACUUUGGAUGGCCGGGAUCAUUUUCAUUGAUUAUUGAGGCCUGGUACUCGCCUUACGCGGAUUCACCUGUAGACACAAACAACCCUGAAUUGCAGAUAAGCUUUUUUGCCACCCAAAGAAAGUUGGAAGUAGGGGCUGAAUGGUCUCGGGAUGUUCAAAGCGGGAAGCAGACGGAGCUAAGGUAUUCUUACCGGUUCAUCUGCAAUGAAAAUUACUACGGCGACAGUUGUUCCAAAAAAUGCACGCCCAGGGACGACCGUUUUGGCCACUACACCUGCAACCCAGAUGGGCAGUUAUCCUGUCUCCCUGGCUGGAAGGGGGAGUACUGCGAAGAACCGAUCUGCCUGGAAGGGUGCAGUGAGGCAAAUGGCAAUUGCUCCAAGCCUGGCGAGUGUGUGUGCAGGGAAGGCUGGCAGGGUAAACUUUGCACAGAAUGUAAAAAAUACCCUGCCUGCAAACAUGGUACCUGCCAACAGCCAUGGCAGUGCCACUGUAAAGAGGGCUGGGGUGGACUGUUCUGUGACCAAGAUUUGAAUUUUUGCACUCACCACAAGCCAUGCGUGAACGGAGCCACAUGUAUGAACACUGGUCAGGGUAGUUACACAUGUACCUGUCGGCCAGGUUACACUGGGGUCAACUGCGAGUUUGAGGUGCGAGAGUGUGACAGCAGCCCAUGCAAGAAUGGAGGUCUUUGCACAGAUCUUGAUAAAGGUUACAUGUGCACCUGUCUGCGUGGUUUCGAGGGAACUCACUGUGAACACAGUCUACUCACCUGCACAGACUCCCCAUGCUUUCACGAUGGCACAUGCCACGAGAAGGACAACGGGCGCAGCUAUGCAUGUGACUGCCCUAGAGGCUACACUGGUCUUAACUGUGAGAGAAGAGUGGACAAAUGCACGACUCUUCCAUGUGCCAAUGGUGGCUUGUGUGUGGUCCUGGGGGGCGUUCGCAUGUGCAGCUGUCGAGCGGGCUACACAGGCCAGCGCUGCGAGAUCAACAUCAACGACUGCGCAACCAACCCCUGCGCUAAUGGUGGCACAUGCUACGACCGCAUCAACUACUACGUCUGCUCCUGUGCUCCAGGCUACGAAGGCCACAAUUGCGACCGGCCCUCUAAUGCUUGCUCAUCCAGACCCUGCCUCAACGGGGGCUCUUGUGUUGGCAUCCCCGGAAAUCCACCUGCCUGCUUCUGCCCCAGUGGCUUUACCGGACCCCACUGUGAAUUCUGUGCAGUCACCGCUCCUGUGAUUACAGGAGGAACUGAAGACCGCUUCCAGUGGGCUGCGAUUUCUCUGGCUGUGGGUUUGGUGGCUCUCGUGGUUCUCCUCUGCAUGGUGGUCAUUGCCCUGCGGCACAUUUACUGGCAGCAAUCUGGAGAAAGGACUCGAGGCGAGGCAAUGAACAACAUGUCAGAAUCACAAAGAGACAACUUGAUCCCCACCUCCCAGCUGAAGAACACUAAUAAGCAGGUCUGCUUAGAGGUGGACUGUGCACCUGAGAAAUCAAAUUACAUACACAAAAACUGCCACUUGGACUACAAUUCAUCAAAAGAGUUCAAGGACAUUGUAUCUCAAGAGGACAAAAGUCUUAAAUAUGAAAAGUGUUUAGAAGACACAAUACAGUUGAGUAGAAUGUACAGGGAAAAGCCAGAGUGUAGGAUAUCAACGAUAUGUUCCCCAAGGGACUCCAUGUACCAGUCUGUGUUUGUAAUAGCAGAGGAGAGGAGUGAAUGUGUCAUAGCAACUGAGGUAUAAAUUACAGGCAGAUGUAUAUUAAGGGAGGAGGGAAAAAACACAAUCAAAGCAAAAAUUGUUUUCUGGAUUGUUUACAAAAAUACUUAGAGACUGGAGAUUUUAUAUCAAUGUCCACUGCUGCACUGAGAAACUUGAGAAACUGGAGAGAGCGGAGUCCUGCUCACUGAAUGCAAUAGUUUAGUUUUGUUGAAGUGUUUGUACAAACGUGUACAGUACUGGAUGAUUUCUGAACUCUUCUGCGACGGUAUGUUUUCCCCCAUGGGCUGAAAUGAAAAGGGACUUCUGCAUUGCAAGAAAGUCAAAUUGCAAAAGAUCCUCUCACAGUAAUCAUGACACAUUGUCCACCAAGUUAUGAAUGGAAGGUGCCAGGGACUUCCAAACCUUCAACCAGCAUUGCCAGCUAUGCAAGAAUGAGGAGGGGAGCACAAAUCAGAGCUUACCCACACGAAUCAUGUUAUGAUUGUCUAAGAAAAACUGCUAACAUCAAUCACUUCAAAAGGACUUUUGCUCUCGUCUCUACAAUAAGAUUGUAAAGCAGCUGAAAUUCACGAAAAAGCCUUAAAAGAAUUAAAUAGUGCUAUGUUUGUGCCCGUGGUCUUGAUUGUUUGAGACCAAGGAAAUGGAAAAUCUUAUCUAAAUGGACGAAUGUGGAGGACAAAUAACCAACAGAACUGCCAGCUUGAUCCAUGAAGUUAAAUUGACUUAUUUUAUGCAACAUGGCCCAUGAGGACAAGAAAAGGACAAAAACAAAUAAAACAGACUGCUCACCACUGACUGCCUAUAAUUAGUUUUGAGAGAACAUUUUUUUUUUAAGUGAUUAUUUCCAGAGUUAAUUUAAUAAUGACACACUGCUUUUGUUUUAUACUAUUAUUUUGUAUAUAAUGCAUAUUUAUAAGAAACCAAACAUCUGAAGAAUAAAAAAAGUUCAUGUCUUCAA